AUAUACUAAACAUUUACCAAACCCAACUCAUACAAUCUUGUUUAGAUAUUUUAAAGUAAUUUACUAACUCAAUUUAAAUAAUGAAACAUAUAGACAAGGGGGCACAUGUCAAUAUUAAAGUAACAUCUCAAUUAUUCAUAUUUGUUUAAGCUAAAGCAGAGUCUUGAAGCAUCAGGUUCUAAAAAAUGGAACAAAAGGCCUUAGAAAUAGAGAGUCAAGAGACUGAAAAGGAAAAAAUAGGGAAUAAAUGGUGUGUCGAAGCAAAGAAGGUGUGGCAUAUAGCAGGACCAGCUAUCUUGAAUGCAGUUUCUUUGUUUUCUCUUGAGUUUGUGACAGCUGCCUUUGCUGGAAGAUUGGGAGAUUUAGAGCUUGCUGCUGUCUCAGAAGUUCAUAAUGUUAUAGCAGGAUUUGUCUAUGGAGUCAUGUUAGGGAUGGCAAGUGCUUUGGCAACACUUUGUGGUCAAGCAGUGGGAGCUGGACAGUUCAAUAUGCUUGGAGUUUACUUGCAAAGAUCAUGGAUCAUUACUGGAGUUACAUCUUUGUUGCUCACACCAGUUUUUGUCUUCACAUCGCCGAUACUAAAGUUCCUACGUCAAGAUAAAGACAUCUCUCAUCUUGCAGGGAAAUAUGCGAUUUGGAUAAUUCCUCAAAUGUUUGCAUAUGCCCUCAACUUUCCUAUGCAGAAGUUUCUUCAAUCUCAGAGCAAAGUUUGGUUUAUGGCCAUCAUAUCCAUGGGAGGAUUGGCAAUUCAUGUAUUGCUAAAUUGGAUUCUUGUGGUAAAGGGAGGGCAUGGCCUUUUUGGUGCUGCAAUUGCAGGAAAUAUCUCUUGGUGGUUUUUGGACAUUGCUCAGCUUAUUUACAUAAUUUCGGGCUAUUUUCCAGAGGCAUGGACUGGUUUUUCAUGCCUGGCUUUCAAAUCAUUGACUAACUUCGUUAAGCUAUCACUUGCCUCCGCGGUAAUGGUAUGUUUAGAGCUUUGGUACUUCACAGCUGUGAUUCUAAUGGUAGGAGGCUUGAAAAAUGCUACAGUUGCUGUUGACGCCAUAACGAUCUGCCUCGGAUUGCAACUGUGGACACUGACGGUUGCCUUUGGUUUCACUUCAUCGACCAGUGUGAGAGUUUCAAAUGAAUUAGGAGCUGGAAAUCCAAAAGCAGCAAAAUUUACCAUUUCAGUCAAUGUUUUGACAUCAGCAGUGAUUGGCCUUAUAUUCUCAGCUACAAUAUUAGCUACCAGAAAAGAGUUUCCAAGACUAUUCACAAAUGAGCAGCAUGUCAUAAAGGAGACAUCAAAGUUGGGCUAUAUUCUUGCAGCUAUCAUCUUCCUUAAUGGCAUCCAACCUGUUCUACUUGGAGUGGCAGUUGGUGCAGGAUGGCAGCUUCAAGUUGCCUUAAUUAGCAUUGGAUGUUAUUAUGGUUUUGGGCUGCCAUUGGGUGCAUUGCUUGGUUACAAGUUCAAAUUUGGAGUUGAAGGCAUACUUUCAGCUAUGCUUGCUGGCAGCUUGCUUCAGACACUCUUCCAGUUUCUUAUCAUUGCGCGAACCAGUUGGCACAAACAGGCUCUUCAAGCAGAGGAGAGAGUGAGAACCUGGGGUGGUGAAGUGGAGAACCAAUCAACCUCCUAAUAUAAGCAAGUCCAAUUCAAUCCAUUCUUAAUUCAAUUCAAUGAGAAAAUCAAACAAGCAAAAGUUCAUCCUAUUUUUGAAACAAGGCUCA